CCCUGUAUUUCAAAAAAUUUCAAAUCUACAUAACAAUUGAAAAUAUUACAAUUUCAGGCAGCCCACUCGGGAUAAUGGCGACAGUUGAGGUGUUGAACAUUGGUCAAAAACUGUAUGAGGGUAAAACAAAAGAAGUCUAUGAAUUGUUAGAUAGUCCAGGAAAAGUCCUCCUGCAGUCCAAGGACCAGAUUACAGGAGGAAAUGCAGCUAGAAAAAAUCACCUGGAAGGAAAAGCUGCAAUCUCAAAUAAAAUUACCUGUUGUAUUUUUCAGCUGUUACAGGAAGCAGGUAUCAAAACUGCUUUCACCAAAAAAUGUGGAGAGACAGCUUUCAUUGCACCCCAGUGUGAAAUGAUACCAAUUGAAUGGGUUUGCAGAAUAGCAACUGGUUCUUUUCUUAAAAGAAAUCCUGGUGUUAAGGAAGGAUAUAAGUUUUACCCACCUAAAGUGGAAAUGUUUUUCAAGGAUGAUGCCAAUAAUGACCCACAGUGGUCUGAGGAACAGCUAAUAGCUGCGAAAUUUUGCUUUGCUGGACUUGUUAUAGGCCAAACUGAAGUUGACAUCAUGAGUCACGCUACACAGGCUAUUUUUGAAAUACUGGAGAAAUCCUGGUUGCCCCAAAACUGUACACUGGCACUGGUUGAUAUGAAGAUUGAAUUUGGUGUUGAUAUAACCACCAAAGAAAUUGUUCUUGCUGAUGUUAUUGAUAAUGAUUCCUGGAGACUCUGGCCAUCAAGAGAUCGAAGCCAACAGAAAGAUAAGCAGUCUUAUCGGGACCUCAAAGAAGUAACUCCUGAAGGGCUCCAGAUGGUGAAGAAAAACUUUGAGUGGGUUGCAGAGAGAGUAGAGUUGCCUUUGAAAUCAGAAAGUCAGUGCAGGGUUGUAGUAUUGAUGGGCUCAACUUCUGAUUUUGGUCACUGUGAGAAAAUCAAGAAGGCUGGAAAUUUUGGCAUUCCAUGUGAACUUCGGUUAACAUUUGCCCAUAAAGGACCAGAUGAAACUCUGAGGAUUAAAGCUGAGUAUGAAGGGGAUGGCAUUCCUACUGUAUUUGUGGCAGUGGCAGGCAGAAGCAAUGGUUUGGGACCAGUGAUGUCUGGGAACACUGCAUAUCCAGUUAUCAACUGUCCUCCCCUCACACCGGACUGGGGAGCUCAGGAUGUGUGGUCCUCUCUUCAACUACCCAGUGGUCUGGGCUGUUCAACCGUACUUUCUCCGGAGGGAUCAGCUCAGUUUGCCGCUCAGAUAUUUGGAUUAAACAACUAUUUGGUAUGGUGCGAGCUGCGAGCAAGCAUAUUGAACACGUGGAUUUCCUUGAAGUUGGCUGACAAGAAAAUCAGAAUGUAAUUUAUAAGAAAGAAUGGCAUUGCAUUUUUUAGGGGAAACCUACAAUUUCUAGUUUAGCUUCAGGAAAAAAAUUAGGCAAAAUGAAAAGAGGGUUUAAAAUCGGAAAACAAAAUGUGUUCGUAAAU